AUGUGUCGCUUCACUGCAUUUUGUUCUACUCCCCUACCAACGGUUAUUGCAUUCCUCAAGUGCAUUGUUUGGCUUUUUAAGGGGCCCUCAUUAAUCCAACGAGGAGGCCGAUGCGAUUGUAAGAUCCGCGGGGGACCCAAAACCGGAGGGGUGGGGGGACCUCGGGUUGUGGGGGGGGGGGGGGGGGGGGGGGGGGGGGGGGGGGGGGGGGGGGGGGUGGGGGGGGGGGGGGGGGGGGGGGGGGGGGGGGGGGGGGGGGGGGGGGGGGGGGGGGGGGGGGGGGGGGGGGGGGGGGGGGGGGGGGGGGGGGGGGGGGGGGGGGGGGGGGGGGGGGGGGGGGGGGGGGGGGGGGGGGGGGGGGGGGGGGGGGGGGGGGGGGGGGGGGGGGGGGGGGGGGGGGGGGGGGGGGGGGGGGGGGGGGGGGGGGGGGGGGGGGGGGGGGGGGGGGGGGGGGGGGGGGGGGGGGGGGGGGGGGGGGGGGGGGGGGGGGGGGGGGGGGGGGGGGGGGGGGGGGGGGGGGGGGGGGGGGGGGGGGGGGGGGGGGGGGGGGGGGGGGGGGGGGGGGGGGGGGGGGGGGGGGGGGGGGGGGGGGGGGGGGGGGGGGGGGGGGGGGGGGGGGGGGGGGGGGGGGGGGGGGGGGGGGGGGGGGGGGGGGGGGGGGGGGGGGGGGGGGGGGGGGGGGGGGGGGGGGGGGGGGGGGGGGGGGGGGGGGGGGGGGGGGGGGGGGGGGGGGGGGGGGGGGGGGGGGGGGGGGGGGGGGGGGGGGGGGGGGGGGGGGGGGGGGGGGGGGGGGGGGGGGGGGGGGGGGGGGGGGGGGGGGGGGGGGGGGGGGGGGGGGGGGGGGGGGGGGGGGGGGGGGGGGGGGGGGGGGGGGGGGGGGGGGGGGGGGGGGGGGGGGGGGGGGGGGGGGGGGGGGGGGGGGGGGGGGGGGGGGGGGGGGGGGGGGGGGGGGGGGGGGGGGGGGGGGGGGGGGGGGGGGGGGGGGGGGGGGGGGGGGGGGGGGGGGGGGGGGGGGGGGGGGGGGGGGGGGGGGGGGGGGGGGGGGGGGGGGGGGGGGGGGGGGGGGGGGGGGGGGGGGGGGGGGGGGGGGGGGGGGGGGGGGGGGGGGGGGGGGGGGGGGGGGGGGGGGGGGGGGGGGGGGGGGGGGGGGGGGGGGGGGGGGGGGGGGGGGGGGGGGGGGGGGGGGGGGGGGGGGGGGGGGGGGGGGGGGGGGGGGGGGGGGGGGGGGGGGGGGGGGGGGGGGGGGGGGGGGGGGGGGGGGGGGGGGGGGGGGGGGGGGGGGGGGGGGGGGGGGGGGGGGGGGGGGGGGGGGGGGGGGGGGGGGGGGGGGGGGGGGGGGGGGGGGGGGGGGGGGGGGGGGGGGGGGGGGGGGGGGGGGGGGGGGGGGGGGGGGGGGGGGGGGGGGGGGGGGGGGGGGGGGGGGGGGGGGGGGGGGGGGGGGGGGGGGGGGGGGGGGGGGGGGGGGGGGGGGGGGGGGGGGGGGGGGGGGGGGGGGGGGGGGGGGGGGGGGGGGGGGGGGGGGGGGGGGGGGGGGGGGGGGGGGGGGGGGGGGGGGGGGGGGGGGGGGGGGGGGGGGGUGGGGGGGGGGGGGGGGGGGGGGGGGGGGGGGGGGGGGGGGGGGGGGGGGGGGGGGGGGGGGGGGGGGGGGGGGGGGGGGGGGGGGGGGGGGGGGGGGGGGGGGGGGGGGGGGGGGGAGGGGGGGGGGGGGGGGGGGGGGGGGGGGGGGGGGGGGGGGGGGGGGGGGGGGGGGGGGGGGGGGGGGGGGGGGGGGGGGGGGGGGGGGGGGGGGGGGGGGGGGGGGGGGGGGGGGGGGGGGGGGGGGGGGGGGGGGGGGGGGGGGGGGGGGGGGGGGGGGGGGGGGGGGGGGGGGGGGGGGGGGGGGGGGGGGGGGGGGGGGGGGGGGGGGGGGGGGGGGGGGGGGGGGGGGGGGGGGGGGGGGGGGGGGGGGGGGGGGGGGGGGGGGGGGGGGGGGGGGGGGGGGGGGGGGGGGGGGGGGGGGGGGGGGGGGGGGGGGGGGGGGGGGGGGGGGGGGGGGGGGGGGGGGGGGGGGGGGGGGGGGGGGGGGGGGGGGGGGGGGGGGGGGGGGGGGGGGGGGGGGGGGGGGGGGGGGGGGGGGGGGGGGGGGGGGGGGGGGGGGGGGGGGGGGGGGGGGGGGGGGGGGGGGGGGGGGGGGGGGGGGGGGGGGGGGGGGGGGGGGGGGGGGGGGGGGGGGGGGGGGGGGGGGGGGGGGGGGGGGGGGGGGGGGGGGGGGGGGGGGGGGGGGGGGGGGGGGGGGGGGGGGGGGGGGGGGGGGGGGGGGGGGGGGGGGGGGGGGGGGGGGGGGGGGGGGGGGGGGGGGGGGGGGGGGGGGGGGGGGGGGGGGGGGGGGGGGGGGGGGGGGGGGGGGGGGGGGGGGGGGGGGGGGGGGGGGGGGGGGGGGGGGGGGGGGGGGGGGGGGGGGGGGGGGGGGGGGGGGGGGGGGGGGGGGGGGGGGGGGGGGGGGGGGGGGGGGGGGGGGGGGGGGGGGGGGGGGGGGGGGGGGGGGGGGGGGGGGGGGGGGGGGGGGGGGGGGGGGGGGGGGGGGGGGGGGGGGGGGGGGGGGGGGGGGGGGGGGGGGGGGGGGGGGGGGGGGGGGGGGGGGGGGGGGGGGGGGGGGGGGGGGGGGGGGGGGGGGGGGGGGGGGGGGGGGGGGGGGGGGGGGGGGGGGGGGGGGGGGGGGGGGGGGGGGGGGGGGGGGGGGGGGGGGGGGGGGGGGGGGGGGGGGGGGGGGGGGGGGGGGGGGGGGGGGGGGGGGGGGGGGGGGGGGGGGGGGGGGGGGGGGGGGGGGGGGGGGGGGGGGGGGGGGGGGGGGGGGGGGGGGGGGGGGGGGGGGGGGGGGGGGGGGGGGGGGGGGGGGGGGGGGGGGGGGGGGGGGGGGGGGGGGGGGGGGGGGGGGGGGGGGGGGGGGGGGGGGGGGGGGGGGGGGGGGGGGGGGGGGGGGGGGGGGGGGGGGGGGGGGGGGGGGGGGGGGGGGGGGGGGGGGGGGGGGGGGGGGGGGGGGGGGGGGGGGGGGGGGGGGGGGGGGGGGGGGGGGGGGGGGGGGGGGGGGGGGGGGGGGGGGGGGGGGGGGGGGGGGGGGGGGGGGGGGGGGGGGGGGGGGGGGGGGGGGGGGGGGGGGGGGGGGGGGGGGGGGGGGGGGGGGGGGGGGGGGGGGGGGGGGGGGGGGGGGGGGGGGGGGGGGGGGGGGGGGGGGGGGGGGGGGGGGGGGGGGGGGGGGGGGGGGGGGGGGGGGGGGGGGGGGGGGGGGGGGGGGGGGGGGGGGGGGGGGGGGGGGGGGGGGGGGGGGGGGGGGGGGGGGGGGGGGGGGGGGGGGGGGGGGGGGGGGGGGGGGGGGGGGGGGGGGGGGGGGGGGGGGGGGGGGGGGGGGGGGGGGGGGGGGGGGGGGGGGGGGGGGGGGGGGGGGGGGGGGGGGGGGGGGGGGGGGGGGGGGGGGGGGGGGGGGGGGGGGGGGGGGGGGGGGGGGGGGGGGGGGGGGGGGGGGGGGGGGGGGGGGGGGGGGGGGGGGGGGGGGGGGGGGGGGGGGGGGGGGGGGGGGGGGGGGGGGGGGGGGGGGGGGGGGGGGGGGGGGGGGGGGGGGGGGGGGGGGGGGGGGGGGGGGGGGGGGGGGGGGGGGGGGGGGGGGGGGGGGGGGGGGGGGGGGGGGGGGGGGGGGGGGGGGGGGGGGGGGGGGGGGGGGGGGGGGGGGGGGGGGGGGGGGGGGGGGGGGGGGGGGGGGGGGGGGGGGGGGGGGGGGGGGGGGGGGGGGGGGGGGGGGGGGGGGGGGGGGGGGGGGGGGGGGGGGGGGGGGGGGGGGGGGGGGGGGGGGGGGGGGGGGGGGGGGGGGGGGGGGGGGGGGGGGGGGGGGGGGGGGGGGGGGGGGGGGGGGGGGGGGGGGGGGGGGGGGGGGGGGGGGGGGGGGGGGGGGGGGGGGGGGGGGGGGGGGGGGGGGGGGGGGGGGGGGGGGGGGGGGGGGGGGGGGGGGGGGGGGGGGGGGGGGGGGGGGGGGGGGGGGGGGGGGGGGGGGGGGGGGGGGGGGGGGGGGGGGGGGGGGGGGGGGGGGGGGGGGGGGGGGGGGGGGGGGGGGGGGGGGGGGGGGGGGGGGGGGGGGGGGGGGGGGGGGGGGGGGGGGGGGGGGGGGGGGGGGGGGGGGGGGGGGGGGGGGGGGGGGGGGGGGGGGGGGGGGGGGGGGGGGGGGGGGGGGGGGGGGGGGGGGGGGGGGGGGGGGGGGGGGGGGGGGGGGGGGGGGGGGGGGGGGGGGGGGGGGGGGGGGGGGGGGGGGGGGUGGGGGGGGGGGGGGGGGGGGGGGGGGGGGGGGGGGGGGGGGGGGGGGGGGGGGGGGGGGGGGGGGGGGGGGGGGGGGGGGGGGGGGGGGGGGGGGGGGGGGGGGGGGGGGGGGGGGGGGGGGGGGGGGGGGGGGGGGGGGGGGGGGGGGGGGGGGGGGGGGGGGGGGGGGGGGGGGGGGGGGGGGGGGGGGGGGGGGGGGGGGGGGGGGGGGGGGGGGGGGGGGGGGGGGGGGGGGGGGGGGGGGGGGGGGGGGGGGGGGGGGGGGGGGGGGGGGGGGGGGGGGGGGGGGGGGGGGGGGGGGGGGGGGGGGGGGGGGGGGGGGGGGGGGGGGGGGGGGGGGGGGGGGGGGGGGGGGGGGGGGGGGGGGGGGGGGGGGGGGGGGGGGGGGGGGGGGGGGGGGGGGGGGGGGGGGGGGGGGGGGGGGGGGGGGGGGGGGGGGGGGGGGGGGGGGGGGGGGGGGGGGGGGGGGGGGGGGGGGGGGGGGGGGGGGGGGGGGGGGGGGGGGGGGGGGGGGGGGGGGGGGGGGGGGGGGGGGGGGGGGGGGGGGGGGGGGGGGGGGGGGGGGGGGGGGGGGGGGGGGGGGGGGGGGGGGGGGGGGGGGGGGGGGGGGUCCAGAACCCUUAUGGGGUAUGA